AUAUCACAUCUCAUCUUCCAUACAAUAUUGAAAACAUCAUUAUGAGGGAAAUUUUUUGUGUUAUGCUUGUUCUAGUUGCUGUAUUGUUCUUUGGAGCUGCAGAGUUUUGUUCCGGUCAGAACACAAGCUUUAGCUGUAUAAAAAAGGAGAUAGAAGCCCUCUUGAAGUUCAAACUUUGUUUCCAUGAUCCAUCGCAUAUGUUGUCUUCUUGGAAAGGCAAUAACUGUUGUGAAUGGAGAGGAGUAGGCUGUGACAAAAAUAAUGGAUAUGUUAUCUCACUUCAACUCAGGGGAUCAGCAUUUACUAAUCAACAGCCUCAAUUAUGCUUGAUUGAUGAUGUAGAGGAGGUUGGUUCAAGUUUGCUCAAGUUGAGAUACUUGGAACACCUGGACUUGAGCAACAAUAAUUUUAGCAGUAAUCUUAUUCCACCCUCCAUUGGCUUGAUGAAGCAGCUGAAGUACCUAAAUCUCUCUUAUGCGCAGUUUAGAGGAAAAAUUCCUGGGGAACUUGGAAAUCUUACAAGGCUUCAUGUCCUUGAUCUUUCUCAGAAUUAUUAUGGGGGAUUGAAGGUUGAUGAUGACAUUCAGUGGAUUUCUCAUCUCUGCUCUUUGCAACGACUUGAUAUGAGUGGAGUAAAUCUAAGCCAUGCCUCAUCAAACUUGUUCCAGGUGCUUGGCAUGCUUUCUUCAUUAUCAUGGUUGAGUAUGUCAAAUUGUAGUUUAAAAAAUUCUCAUCUUCCAUCUCACAACCACCUCCUUAAUUUUACAUUGCUUGGAAAUAUUCAACACUUCGAUAUGUCGUAUAACUUUUUUCAUGGUUCAAUACCUAUUUUUCUCCAAAACAUGACUUCAUUGACAUUUCUUGAUAUGAGUGGAGUAAGUCUAAGCCUUACAUCAUCAAACUUGUUUCAAGUACUUGGCAUGCUUCCUUCACUAUCAUGGUUAAGUUUGUCAAGUUGUAGUCUCACAAAUUAUCACUUUCCAUCUUACAACCAUCCCUUUAAUUUUACAUUGCUUGGUAAUAUUCAACACUUAGAUCUUUCAAGUAACUUUUUCCAAGGUCCAAUACCUAUAUUUCUCCAAAACAUGACUUCCUUGAUAGUUCUUAAUCUUUCUAGCAAUCAAUUGAGUGGGAGUAUUUCAGAUAGCGUUGGACAACUUUUUAAGUUAGAGAGCAUAGAUCUCUCUAGCAAUCAAUUGAGUGGGAGUAUUCCAGAUAGCAUCAGGCAACUUUCUAAGUUAAAGAGCAUGGAUCUUUCUUGGAAUCAACUGAGGAGUAUUCCAAACAGCAUCGAGCAACUUUUUAAGUUAGAGAGCAUGAAUCUUUCUUGGAAUCAACUGAGGAGUAUUCCAGACAGCAUCGGGCAACUUUUUAAGUUAGAGAGCAUGGAUCUUUCUGGGAAUCAACUGAGGAGUAUUCCAGACAGCAUCGGGCAACUUUCUAAGUUAGAGAGCAUGGAUUUUUUUGAGAAUCAACUGAGGAGUAUUCCAGACAGCAUCGGGCAACUUUCUAAGUUAGCGAGCAUGGAUCUUUCUGAGAAUCAACUGAGUAGUAUUCCAGACAGCAUCGGGCAACUUUUUAAGUUAGAGAGCAUGGAUCUUUCUGGGAAUCAACUGAGGAGUAUUCCAGACAGCAUCAGGCAACUUUCUAAGAGUAUUCCAGACAGCAUCGGGCAACUUUCUAAGUUAGAGAGCAUGGAUCUUUCUGGGAAUCAACUGAGGAGUAUUCCAGACAGCAUCGGGCAACUUUCUAAGUUAGAGAGCAUGAAUCUUUUUAUGAAUCAACUGAGGAGUAUUCCAGACAGUAUCGGGCAACUUUCUAAGUUAAACAACAUGGAUCUUUCUGGAAAUCAAUUGAGGAGUAUUCCAGAUAGCAUCGGGCAACUUUCUAAGUUAGAAGGCAUGGAUAUUUUUUGGAAUCAACUGAGGAGUAUUCCAGACAUCAUUGGGCAACUUUCUAAGUUAGAAGGCAUGUAUCUUUUUGGGAAUCAACUGAGGAGUAUUCCAGACAGCAUCGGUCAACUUUCUAAGUUAGAACGCAUGGAUCUUUCUGGGAAUCAAUUGAGGAGUAUUCCAGACAGCAUCGGGCAACUUUCUAAGUUAAAGAGCAUGGAUCUUUCUGGGAAUCAACUGAGAAUUAUUCCAGAUAGUAUCGGGCAACUUUCUAAGUUAGACAGGAUGGAUUUUUCUAAGAAUCAACUUAGGAGUAUUCCAGACAGCAUCGGGCAACUUUCUAAGUUAAACAACAUGGAUCUUUCUGGAAAUCAAUUGAGGAGUAUUCCAAAUAGCAUCGGGCAACUUUUUGAGUUAAACAAAAUGGAUCUUUCUGGAAAUCAAUUGAGGAGUAUUCCAGAUAGUAUUGGGCAACUUUCUAAGUUAUGGAUCAUGGAUCUUUCUAAGAAUCAAUUGAGUACUAUUCCAGAUAGCAUCGGGCAACUUUCUGAGUUAUUGAUCAUGGAUCUUUCUAAGAAUCAAUUGAGGAGUAUUCCAGAUAGUAUUGGGCAACUUUCUGAGUUACGUAAAAUGUAUCUUUCUAAGAAUCAAUUGAGUAGUAUUCCAAAUAGCAUCGGACAACUUUCUAAGUUAUGGAUCAUGGAUCUUUCUAAGAAUCAAUUGAGGAGUAUUCCAAAUAGCAUCGGGCAACUUUAUGAGUUAGAGAUCAUGGAUCUUUCUGAGAAUCAAUUGAGGAGUGUUUCAUAUAGCAUCGAGUAACUUUUUAAGUUAAAGAAAAUAGAUCUUUUUAGCAAUCAAUUUGGAACAGGAUUUCUUAAAUGGCUUCAAUUAGCAAAGACAAUAAACAUGGUUGAUCUCU